GGAAGCUGAUGUGUUAUUUCUUUUCUGCAUCGAACGAUCAGGAAGUUUGUGUUCUCUGCGUGGCUGAGAAGUUUUUCACCUACUAGGACGGGGGUGGGGGUGGGGGAGGACAGGUGUCCCCUAAAAUAGAGCGCAAGCUGCACCCUGCGUCCGGCCAUAACCCAGAAGUAACGUCAGAAGCAGGUGAGAAUGACUACUUUAACUCACCGAGCCCGUCGCACUGAAGUAGGCAAGAACUCUGAAAGGAAGGUGGAAAAUGAGGAAGACACUAAUCAAGACAGGAGUCCAGAUGAUGAAGACUCUGGAGACUCUAAAGAUAUCCGCCUGACCCUUAUGGAAGAAGUGUUGCUCCUGGGACUAAAAGAUAAAGAGGGUUACACAUCUUUCUGGAAUGACUGCAUAUCAUCUGGCCUGCGAGGGGGCAUCCUGAUAGAGCUGGCCAUGCGGGGUCGAAUCUCGCUGGAACCCCCCACCAUGCGUAAGAAGCGAUUACUAGACAGAAAGGUGCUGCUGAGGUCAGACAGCCCGACAGGUGAUGUUCUACUGGAUGAAACUCUCAAACACAUCAAAGCAACUGAACCCACAGAAACUGUCCAAACAUGGAUAGAGCUACUCACUGGUGAGACCUGGAACCCCUUCAAACUACAGUACCAACUGAGAAAUGUAAGAGAGAGAAUUGCAAAGAACCUAGUAGAGAAGGGUAUUCUAACCACUGAGAAGCAGAAUUUCCUUCUAUUUGACAUGACUACUCAUCCAGUGACCAAUACAACAGAGAAACAACGACUAGUGAAAAAAGUUCAAGAUAGUGUCCUAGAGCGGUGGGUAAAUGACCCUCAGCGUAUGGACAAGCGAACACUAGCACUCCUGGUGCUAGCCCACUCUUCCGAUGUACUAGAGAAUGUCUUCUCCUCUCUGACAGAUGACAAGUAUGAUAUGGCAAUGAAUCGAGCCAAGGACCUAGUAGAACUGGACCCUGAAGUAGAGGGAACAAAGCACAGUGCCACAGAGAUGAUCUGGGCUGUGCUGGCAGCCUUCAAUAAAUCCUAAAGCCAACAGGUGGGUUUCUCCUUUUUCCUCUACUAGCUGGUGACUGUCAGAGACAUCAUCACUGAGUUUUGUGUGAUGAGAUAUUUUUCAUCAAUUUUUUUUCCUUCUUUUGAAUCAGACUCAUGAUUUUGGGAGAGCAAUUUCAGGGCUUCUCCACAGACCUUGACCAUUAUAAGUAGACUUUAUUUCUCCCUAUACUUCCACUCCAGAUGUGAAUAACUGGGUGAACCCACACACACCCAAUAAACAUUUUCUUUCAUUUCUUCG